AUGAAUGAAUCAACGCGAAACAGAUUCGAUUCCCUUUCAACAACAGCUUUGCGAAGAUAUAAAAAAUUCUUUAAAUUGCCGAAUAGGUCGGGGGCAAUUUCUAAACAGCAGCUUCUCGAUGGAAUAAAUGAACAUUUUGGGAAUAUAGUAGCUGAUCCUAAAGAGGUUAUGACAAAUUUUAUGUUUACAAUAAAUAAUAAAUUAAAUUGUCUUGAUAAUUUUAGUGAAGAGAAUAAAUAAA